CCUUCAUUCCAGAGGGGCACAACUUCAAGAUGCAGAGCAGCAGUAAAUCUGCCUUCAUCUCCACUGGAAGGAGCGAGAAUGUGCAGAUAGGCAGUAAAUCCGCCACUCUCUACCUCAGCUCCAGCUCGUUAAAACUCCAUGACAAGAGAUGUAGCAGUCGGGAGGCGGGGUCACCAGUCGGGACCGAAAGUAAGUCCCAGUCUCCGGCUCCAUCCGAAACAAACACCGACAAAAACACAAAACUCGGAACAGCGCCAGGACGGAGUACGGCAUACUCAAGGCGAUCUCAGACUGACGAGGACAUUGGGAGAGAAGUAUCCAAGCUCCAGCCAAUUAGGGAGUUCACAUUUACCGGAUAUGACAUUAUGGCUGAUGUGGAGCCCGAACCUCGGGUAGAGGAGGAGGACUUGCAGCCCAUGAAGCGGCUUCAGGCUUACCUAGACUCGUGUAGUUACCUAGGAAUCACUCCAGUCACUUACCUCAGCAGACAAAUGUCAAACAGGGGUCUGGUGAUGAGGAAUCACAGUAUCGGACCACAGGGGGCACGGGCACUCGCUAUAGCCCUACUGAAUAAUGACGUCAUCACUAGUCUCGAUUUGGAAGAUGACGGGAUAGAGGCUGAUGGGGCUAAGGCCAUAGCUGAAAUGUUAGAAGUGAACCAUAACAUAGUCGAUGUGAAUAUUUCUGAGAACUGUAUUGGAGCAAGCGGGACACGUGCAAUAUCUAAGCUGAUGAUGACCAAUCAGUUUAUCCAAUCUCUUGAUAUUUCCGGGAGUAACUUGGUAGACACCGAUGCUAAACUCAUCGCAGACAUUUUAAAUAAUAACGUAAUACUAAAGGAACUGAUAUUAAGCCACAACGGAUUCUGUGAACAAGGAGGAUACAUUAUAGCACAGGCACUAACUAAUAACGACACUCUAAGAAUUCUAGAUUUAAGCUGGAAUCAUCUCCGGGGGAAGGGCUCUAUAGCUAUCGCCGCCAGUCUGCAGAAAAAUAUAGGGCUGAGAAAACUGGAUAUAGCCUGGAAUGGAUUUGCAAAGAACGACGCCAUAGUUCUCGGGAAAUCUAUAAAGGAAAACACCACAUUGAAGGAGCUAGACAUUUCACAUAAUCGGCUGGAGAAAGAGGGUAUGGGCUACCUCUUGCAGGGGAUUAAAGACAGCGAUGGACUGGAAAUCCUCAGGUUGGGAGGGAACUUCAUCACGCCGGAACUUGCCAUGAUCACUUUGACUUGUAUUGGUCAGUCAGAGUCCUGCCGGGUCCAUCUGCUAGAUCUUGGAAACAGCGAGGUAGAAGAGGACUUCCUGACAUUACUAGACGAUAUUCAAGCCACAAAGUCAUUUAAUGUCGUCUAUGGUUACGUGAUAAAACGAGAGAACGUACGGGGCCGGAAGGGGGAUGGAUUGGACGGAAAUUUGGAUGCUGUGUAUGAGCUGUUCAAGUAUAUGCACGAUCAUAACUACCGGGUCAUUGACCUGAUGAAAUGGCUGGACCGAGACGGCGACAUGAGUGUCAGCAGAAAAGAAUUUAAACGGGGAAUGAUGAUCGCAGAGGUUCCUCUGACAGAACACCAGCUGGACGAAAUGCUGGACAAACUGGACAUGGACGGCGACGGCGAGGUCGACUUCUCAGAGCUGUUAAUUGGAGAGAGAGAUUUCAGAAGACGUCUGAGAAGAAAACAGGAACGAGAGAAGGCAGCACGGAAACAGAAAAAGGAGCUGAAAGAACUAGACAAAAUCAUCCUGACGUCAAUGAUGGGCAAGACGUGAUGUCAUACAUGUAUGAAUAGAGCGGAAACGUGUCAUACUGAUAGAGAGCGUGAAAUUGUCAUUCUGAUAAAGAGCGUGAUAUUGUCAUAUGGUAGAGAGCGUGAGAUUGUCAUAUGGUAGAGAGCGUGAGAUUGUCAUAUGAUAGAGAGCACGGGAUUGUCAUAUGAUAGAGAGCACGAGAUUGUCAUAUGAUAGAGAGCACGGGAUUGUCAUAUGAUAGAGAGCACGAGAUUGUCAUAUGAUGGAGAGCUCGAGAUAAGCAUAGGAUAGAGAGCAUGAUAUUGUCAUAGGAUAGAGAGUGUGAGAUUUGUCAUAGGAUAGAGAGUGUGAGAUUGACAUAUGAUAGAGAGCGCGAAAUUGUCAUAGGAUAGAGAGCACGAGAUUGUCGUAGGAUAGAGGGUGUGAGACUGUCAUAUGAUAGAGAGCGCGAGAUUGUCAUGAUUUUAUCCUUCAUCAAUAGAAAGAUAUCGCCAUAUUUAUACUUCAUUGAGAGAAAGCAAGAAAUGCCAUAUUUGUGUUUCAUUGAUAUAUAUUUUCAUAUCUAUGUUCCAUUGAAAGAGACCGCGAAAUGUUCAUAUCUAUAUUUCAGAGCGCGAAAUUCUCAUAUUUAUAUUUCAUUGACAGAAAGCGAGAAAUCAUCAGAUUUAUACCUUAUUUAUAGAGAGAAAGAUAUUGUCAGAUUUAUACUUUAUAUUCAGAGAGCGAGAUAUUGUCAGAUUUAUACUUUAUUAAUAGAAAGCGAUAAAUUGUGAUAUUUAUACUCUAUUUAUUCAGAAUGAGAGAUUGCCAUAUUUAUAGAAAUCGUUACUUGAAAUAAGCGAAAUAUUGUCAUAUUUGUGAAAUACACCAUUUGUCUUUCAAACAAAAUAAAUGUCGUC